AGAAGUGUUGGACUAUUAUGGGGUAGCUCCUAGCCAACUCAUGCCAAAUGCUUGGAGGUUAUUGUUGGGUAUAGAAGUCAUAGUUAGAGUGAAGGGGAAGAGGGUUGACUUUGUAGAUUUCAAGUCAAGUUAUUAUCUUAAACAACACGAUACAGAUAAAGGUCGAUAUCGAUUCAUUCUUAGAGCAAACAAAAAAGCUUGGGUAACAGAGUUGGUUGCUAGCAACAAGAGGGGUUGGAGGAAGAAAUAUUGUUUUGUCAAAGGUGACCUGUUUGGAAUGAGUGAUUAUGUGGUUCCUACUUCAUGGAGAACCUUAAGUAAGGGGCUUGCUCGAUGUCCUCGCAGGGGGUGUUGGUCUGAAGCUCAAGUUAACGACUUGCUCUCUAUUCCUUCCGAUCAUAGUGCCCAUAAAAAGCUUCUUAUUUUGAAUAAAUCUUGUGUUGGAAAGUUAUGGAGAGCUGCGCAACGUCAAAAAGGUAGUAUUUUUUCACUCAACGUUGUCAAGCGCGCCCCAUCCUUUUGUUGA